CGGCGGAGCCGUCAGCUGACGCCGCCGUUUCCUGGCCGUGCCCGCCAUGCUGCGGCUGCUGCUCCCGCUGGCCGCCCUGGCCGCGCUCCUCCGGGCGGCGGGCUUUGGAGAAGUCUGAUUCGCAACUGCAGGCAAGGAUAUCUGCUGAUACAUCAUCUGCAGUUUCUGGGACCACAGUUGCAUCUGGUAGCUGUUCCAGUGGGGAUUUCACUGCUGCUGUAGCAUGUGUUAGUAGAACCUCUUGCAUUCGGCUUUGUUGACCCAAGGCACCCCUUCAUAACCACAUUAUUGCCUACUGGAGACUUCUGCAGAACAGAAGGGAGCAGUCAGGAAGCAAAGAUGAUCUCCUUCAAGCAACUGCCCCUUGAAGCAAAGGCUGCAGUGGCUGCAGGAAUGGUUUUCUUCUCUAUGAUGCUGUCGCGGAGUUUUCUGGCAGAAAAACUCGAUCUCAGGACGCGGCACUGGGUUAUAAGGCUGCAGAUGGCACUAUUUGCCAAUACACUCAUGCUGGUGGGAUCUCUUCAUGUUUGGAAAAGCACAGUCACCAUGUUCACCAGGUCUUCAGCUGCCAGCUCCCUCUGUUUCAUGCUGUGGAAAAUAGCUGUGUUCAUGUUUCUAGCUUUGGCUCAUUCAAGCUUCUUUACGUUGCUAUUUCUUGUUGCAGAAGAGCCCUAUUUCUUCUCUUUAGCUGCCUACACUUGCCUUGGGGCCUAUAUCAUUCUCAUCUUCUUCCUCUUCACUCUAGGCUCUGUAGAGCAGGCUUACAAGUUCUUAGUGGGGAGAGGCACUAAGGCAGGCACUGGCAACAGGAACAGAACAGCAAUGAAACCAGUUUUGGCAGUCAUGUUGACUCUUGUGCUGACUGUUGUCGGGCUGUUAAAUGCUUCCCAACCUCCUGCUGUGAAUUCAGUGGAGAUUCCAGUUCACAAGCUGCCCUCAACCAUGACUAACCUGAAAGUGGUGUUGCUUUCAGAUAUCCAUCUGGGGCCUACUGUUGGCAAGACCAAGCUUGCCAUGAUAGUGAGAAUGGUUAAGGCUUUAAAACCAGAUAUCACGGUGAUCGUUGGGGACCUGACUGACGCUGAGGCAGAGAUCAUACGACCUGCUGUUGAGCCUCUUGGAGAACUUGAUUCCCCUUUGGGGACGUACUUUGUCACAGGAAACCAUGAGUACUACACAUCAGAUGUUAGCAACUGGUUUGAGCUGUUAAAAUCAUUUAACAUUCAGCCACUGCAUAAUGAGAAUGUGAAGAUUGUCUCGCCAAAGAGCACUGAUGACUGGUUCUGCCUGGCUGGCGUGGAUGAUAUUGAAGCAGAUGUAUUACGCUACUCGGGACAUGGCAUGGAUUUGAAAAAAGCUCUCAGAGGUUGUAGCAGUGAGCAUGCAAUAGUGCUUUUAGCUCAUCAGCCAGUUGCUGCAAAGUGGGCCCUUCAGGAGAGACCAGACAUAAAUUUAAUUCUCUCUGGCCAUACUCAUGGAGGGCAGAUUUUCCCUCUAAAUGCUGGAGCUUAUCUUCUGAAUCCAUUCUUUGUUGGCUUGUACAAAGUUGGGCAGAACACCUUUGUCUAUGUCAGCCCAGGGACGAUGUACUUUGGAAUACCCAUGAGGCUGGGCAGCAGAGCUGAAAUAACGGAGAUAAUCCUACGUUCUGCUUGAGUUUUCCAUUUGACAGACUUCUGCCAUUCUUUUUUUGGUCAGUAUAUUGGCUCUUCUGCUGUGAAAGCAAAUCCUUUUUCAGGGAAGCCAGAGAAGAUGUAUUGGGCUGAACUUCAGCAGGUUCUAUUAAGUUUGAGCAGAAAACACUAAACUGUAUCUUGGGCCUGUGAAAGAAAUCUGGGGCAUGUUAAAAUACUGAAGAAGUUAGUUCUUUGAGUUCGCUAUCGCUGAGAUUCUGCAUUGAAAGCUAAUGCUGAUGUCAUGCAGAUAAUGUAUGUCCUGUGCAUGUUUAGUAAUAUCUCUUUCCUGCACCUACUUCAUGUUCCAAUAUUUGCUAUCUAUCAGGCAGCUGCCUUAUCCAAUCUCAGGCAGGCAAAGUUCUGAUCUCAUGCAGUGAAAUCACUCGUGCAUGUUUUGCAGAAGGGACUGCAGAGUUCCCGCUGAGUAUGCAAAAUGUAGAAGUCUUAUACUAGAAAUCUUAGGGGAAGGGAAUGGUUGAGGAUUUUUUUUUUUAAUUGAGGCUGGAUAUCCGUAUCCUUCUAGCUGUCUGCAACAUGCACGAGGGCUUCCAGUCUGUGCUUACUAGUACAGUAAGAUGCCAGCCAUCAGUUCCUGAAAUCUAAUUUUUUUCGAGUUAAAAAGUUGGUGAGACUGACAUCAAAGGAUGAAAGUAGCAGUCAUUCUCAGGCAUUUCUCCAGAAUAGCUGAGCAUCUAGUAAUUACUUACUGAAAAUAGCUCUAAUAAAAGCAAAUGAGAAAGAAAUUUCAAAAUUAAUUUCUGUUGCUGUCUGAGCAUGCAGUACCUCCUGAUGUAGAGCACAAAAUCCCAAGCUGAAAUACUAAAUGUCUUUUCAUCCUAUGGUUUUUUUCUUUCUGCCUAGUUUCUGCUCUGUCAUUUUUCUCUUGCAAGAGUAAGGAGAUGCUGUUUGAAAACAAUGCAAAUAGGUUAAUGCUUGAACUUUGUUUGAAUGCUUUAAUAUCUCAAGUAAAUUGUGUCCUUUUUCAAGUAGACUAAACUCUGCAGUGGGUGACUUUCCUUAAGAGCACUUGUGUAUCGUUGUCCUGGGUGUCUGUAGCCACAGGGCUUCCCUUGCUCUGCCUUUCUGCCCAGCAGCACCUGGGUUCCUCUCAGGCAGACCCAUGUAGCAUGGGGCAGAAGAGAGUUUUUAUGUGGGAGACUGAGGAUGGCAAGACCAGAACUGAGGUGUUCAGUCUU